UGUUGUGGUCAGCUGACUCGCCUUCCUUCAAGCGGUGUUUCCUGUUAGUGAUUGGCAAACACAUCUGAUUUUUUAGUUUUGCUAACGAUAUAACAUUACGUGGCUGUAAAAAUAAGAAAAUGUCUGCCAAACCGACUUGUUUGAUAGUGUUGAGCGCCUCUCCACAAGGAGUUUCGGCGAAGUCUUGCCAGCAAUGCUUUAGUCUGUGCUCGUCGUUGUUUAAUCUCCAAACAGCCACCCCGGCGGGGAAGCCAAUAGAUUUUGUUGGGGUGGAUGAUGGCACUUCCAGAUGGGUACAGGACUUCAACCUGAAACCUUACGCCACUCCUGCCAAACUUGAAUCCAUUGAUGGUGCUCGUUACCAGUCUCUGCUCAUCCCGGACUGCCCGGGAGCACCCAACGACCUGGCACACAGCGGCUCCCUGCACCGAAUCCUCUCACACUUCAUCUCCCAGCAGAAGCCUGUGUGUGCCAUCGGGCAAGGAGUGUCAGCGCUGUGUUGUGCCACAGAGGGAAACAAGUGGAUCUUCAAUGGCUAUAGUUUGACAGGGCCGUCAGUGUUUGAACUGGUGCGGAGGCCGGACUUUGCCAACCUGCCAUUAAUCGUAGAAGACUUUGUGAAGGACAGCGGCGGCUCUUACACAGCGAGCCAAGAGGACACCGUGCAUGUUGUCAUUGACAGACACCUUAUAACUGGACAGAACACACAGUCGACCUGGCUCGCUCUCAACAAUCUAAUUCUGCUCUCUAACACCAAGGAAGCUUAGCUGUGUCCCAUUCUAAUUUCCAUUGCAGUGGUCCACUGUUUUUUAUUUUAAAUUCUCUGACUCAAACUUGCUACUUAGUUUAAUCAUUUAUCAAUUUUCCACCAUUAAAAUGUUAUUAAUUCAUUCAGUGCAAUUGGCGGCGAUAAGAUGUCCGUUCAAUCCUUCUAAACUGGGAGGACUUCACUGGCAGCACUUUGUCAACAUAGAUUGGAUGUCUAUAGCUGCCAAUGGCAGCAAAUAAGGGAUCCUUGUGUACAAAUUUGAGCAAAGCAUUCUUAGACAUUCCUACACCCUGUACAGAUGUACAACCGCAUCAGGCACUUAAAUUAAUUCCAGUCAAACAGAACAGUAAAAAUGCCAUUUUUGUUGCUCAUGAUAAUUACAACUUGUCACAAUAUAUAAAUACAUGAACAUUUAAUGUAAAAAUAAUACUGCUUUGUUUGUACUGUUGUAUUUGUGUGUUGAAUGUGUGACAUCAGAAACUGGACUCAGCAUUUCUCUGCAAGUGUUAGUGUUGUCAAUUUUUUUAUUGGUUGUGCUGUUCAAUAAACAGCAGAAAAGUGCAUUAGCAACUGGUUCUGCCUUUCUCUAUUGUAAGGCAGGGUUCUUCAAACCGGUCUUCAAGGGCCGCUGUGGGUCCUGGUUUUUGUUCCUACCGAUCGUGCACAGACAGUUUAACCAAUGAUGUUUCUGCCAAAACAAGCAACAACCGCAAUCAACUGAUUACACUUGUAAGACACCAGAUUGGUGAAAAGAUGUCAACUGAUUUUGUUGGAAUAAAAUUGUGAACCCACAGCAGCCCUAUGUGGAGUAGUUUGGAGACCCCUGCUUUAGGGCCUUGGAGUACUAUUAUUUUAUUAUUCAUACAUCACUCAAGUUGCGGCCUAUAGGAAACUCACUAAUAACUUUAAAAGAUUUAUAUAAUGUAAUUUUAAAAAAUUUAAUUUGAAAUGCUAACUGGUUCUUUUCAACAUUUUUAAAGCAAAUCAAAUUUGGUCCUA